UACAUCACACUUUUACUGUACAUCAAGGCUCAGCUAGGUAGGAAACCUUGGCAUCUGUGUAGCAAAGUAUUUUAUUUCCUUGGAACCUCCUCACUAGCGACUAACAUUUGUUUCUGAAAAAAAAUACGAGUACAAAUUCUCCCCUUCCCCUAUGAUCGGUGAGUUUUGAAUGCUGGAGCUGAGUUACCGUGAUCGACCCCCCUGUUGUAAAUUUUACCCUGCGUUACGUUGAAAAAAAGGCGUUUUUUUUUUUUUUGAAGGCUUUUCCUAACAGUUAUUUGAAGAGACUCUGACAAUAUUUGGCCCCAAGCCCGCCAUGAAAAAUGUGCCCCACAGCAGAUCCCUACUGACCUAAUUGUGACUGUGCUGAAAGCUGUGUCUGAGUGCAGAAACCAAGUAAGUUUUCACAAACACUGAAUGGAAUUCCUUCUUCAAACACAGUCAGCAGUGGAAUGGACCCCUUCCAUGCCUGCAGUAUUCUUCAACAGCUUAAAACGAUGUAUGACGAAGGACAACUGACAGAUAUUGUGGUGGAAGUGGAUCAUGGGAAAACAUUCUCCUGUCAUAGGAAUGUUCUUGCUGCAAUCAGUCCUUAUUUCAGAUCUAUGUUCACUAGCGGCCUUACAGAGAGUACCCAGAAAGAAGUUCGUAUAGUUGGUGUUGAAGCAGAGUCAAUGCAUUUAGUAUUGAACUAUGCAUAUACCUCCAGAGUAAUGCUGACAGAGGCCAACGUUCAAGCUUUGUUCACUGCAGCUAGUAUCUUCCAGAUCCCUUCCAUACAAGACCAGUGUGCUAAAUAUAUGAUCAGUCAUUUGGACCCACAGAACUCCAUUGGGGUGUUUAUCUUUGCUGAUCACUAUGGUCAUCAGGAACUCAAAGACAGAUCACAAGACUACAUUCGUAAAAAGUUUCUGAGUGUCACCAAAGAGCAAGAGUUUCUUCAGUUGAGAAAAGACCAACUCAUAAGUAUACUCGACAGUGAUGAUUUAAAUGUAGACAAAGAAGAACAUGUUUAUGACAGCAUUAUAAGGUGGUUUGAGCAUGAACAAAAUAAGAGAGAAGUGCACCUUCCAGAAAUAUUUGCCAAAUGCAUCCGUAUGCCUCUGUUGGAAGAGACAUUUUUAGAGAAAAUCCCUCCCGUGUUUGCACAGGCUAUGGCCAAAAGCUGUGUACAAAAGGGACAACAUAGUGCCAAUGGCUAUACACAACGGCUUGGAAUGACUGCUUCUGAAAUGAUCAUAUGCUUUGAUGCUGCCCACAAACACUCAGGAAAGAAGCAAACAGUGCCUUGUUUAGAUUCGGUCACAGGGAGAGUGUUUAAACUAUGCAAGCCACCAAAUGACUUGAGGGAGGUUGGAAUUCUUGUAUCUCCUGAUAACGAUAUUUAUAUUGCGGGUGGUUACAGACCAAGCAGCAGCGAGGUCUCCAUUGACCACAGAGCAGAGAGUGAUUUCUGGAUGUAUGAUCACUCUGGCAAUAGGUGGAUCCCGAAAGCUCCUUUGUUGCGAGCCAGAAUAGGCUGCAAAUUGGUUCAUUGCUGUGGUAAACUGUAUGCAAUAGGUGGUCGUGUUUAUGAAGGAGAUGGGCGAAACUCUCUCAAGUCUGUGGAGUGUUAUGACAGCCGGGAGAACUGUUGGACAGCUGUCUGUCCAAUGCCGGUAGCAAUGGAGUUUCAUAGUGCUGUGGAAUAUAAGGAUAACAUCUAUGUUUUACAGGGAGAAUUUUUUCUCUGCUAUGAUCCUCAGAAGGAUUACUGGGGGUUUUUGACCCCAAUGACUGUGCCUAGAAUCCAAGGCUUGGCAACUGUGUACAAUGACUCCAUCUACUACAUAGCUGGAACCUGUGGAAACCAUCAACGUAUGUUUACCGUAGAGGCCUAUGACAUUGAACAAAAUAAGUGGACUCGAAAAAAAGACUUCCCGUGUGAUCAAUCCAUUAAUCCAUACAUAAAACUCGUACUCCUCAAAAAUAAACUCCACCUGUUUGUCAGAGCUACUCAAGUCACUGUUGAAGAACACGUUUUCAGAACCAGCAGGAAGAAUUCGCUCUAUCAGUAUGAUGAGGCUACCGACCAAUGGCAGAAAGUAUAUGAGACUCCAGAUAGGCUCUGGGAUUUAGGCCGGCAUUUUGAAUGUGUUGUUGCUAAGUUGUAUCCGCAGUGUCUUCAGAAAGUUAUUUAAUUUUUUUUUCAGUAACAGGCCUUAGUGCUUUCAGUGGUAAUCUGAUGCUAGAGAAAACAUGUCUUAAAAGAAAACAAAGAAAUUCAGUAUUUAUUGUAAGCUGAAACAGGUUGUUUUUUUUUUGUAUGUGGGGAUGGGUGCUCUUUAAAGGUUGCAGUCUGGGGAGGGAAUUACUGGUUCAGUUUCAUAUUUACUGAUAUUUUCCUGGGAAAUGAGAAGGAGGUUACAAAGUGCAAUUAUUAGCAUUUUUUUCUGGUAAACACUUAAUCAUGUCAUACUUGAGGGGUGUUUUUGUGGUAAGAGCAAAUUAAGUGGAAGAGCCAGGAUAACUAUGCACUACAGUGAAAGAAAAUCUAGCAUUAGUAGCUAAGGAUGUCCAAGCUGUUUUGAAGUGACUUUUCUUUUUUCUCUUUUUUUUAAAUACGGGUAAAAUUUGAGGCAAUAUCACUAAGUUGUGUUUUUUUUUUUUUAAUUUUAGAUUGAAAUUACAUAGAGGAAUGUUAGAUCCUGAUUCAUAAUGAUCUUUUUUUUUUGUACUGCUUUUGAAGUCUUCUAAAAUGUUUGUAAUGUUUGUGCACUACAGUUUGGGAGAAAAACUCAAGCCAGAGUUGGAACAUGGAGUACCUUUGCCCUGGAAGGAGGCCUGUUCAGUUUGCUGUACCACUUCCGUCUGUGGAUUUUUGUUGAAAUUGAGCUUAAAGAUAUCGAAAACAAAUCCCAACACCUCUUUUUCUGCCACUUAGGUGUAGUGCUGCAAGAAAAAAAAAAAAAAACAUUUUUAACACUGCUUAAAAUCUUUUUUCAUCCCAUAAAGGGCUUUAACCCAAAAGUUGAUGGUGCUAGUACAUUUUUAAUACUUGUUUGUCUGAAAUGGGCUAACCUUAUGCUACUGUUUAAGACAGCCUGUUAUUUUUCAUGGAGUGUGUGUCUGUUUUCAGGCCUUGUUCUGUCAUCAUAUUGUCUUUUUUAACAUAACAUUUUUACUGUAGUGGUAUUCUUGCACAGAUUGGUGACAGGAUAUGGCCUUAAUAAUAUCGAAGUUUUUUUGUGGAGUGUUCAUUUUGUCUCCACUAAAGUGCAGUGCUAUGUGCAGUGUUAGCAUGUGCUCCAGUAACUUUAAAAUGUGUGGCUUAACUUUACACAUCAUCUUUUUCUUCCUGUGAUCAAGCCCUCAGAUACCUUCUAAUUCAUUCUGAUCUAUAAUGUGAAAACUUGCACUACUGAGCUGUCUUCGUUACCCAGUGUAUUAAAGAAAAAUUGACAGUAAGUGUCCAUGGCUUAAUCUUAGAUGCUAAUUUAGUAUAGGGAUUCAAUAUAUUGCAACAUUUUUCUCUAUGUAUUAAACAUUUAGCUUACUUUUGCAGAAGUAAAAAAUUUCCAAGUUCGGCCUCUACUUCAGUAGUUGAAAACUGGAUGGAAAAGGGAAAAGAGGAAUCCUAAAACUUAUCGGCUAUAAUUUUCCAGGUUUGAUUUGCUACUGGUCUAACUUUUUCCAGAGCUAGAGGUGUGCGUUAUCUUACUCUUUCCUAUUUUCUCAAAUUGACCGCAGUAAACCAGUUAACUUGAAAUGGCAGUGUCCACUGCUGGCUGUAAGUUCUUACUAUUAUCUGGCUUAGCAGCUGAUAUUUGAGUAAGCCAAAUAUUUAGCUCCUUAAUGUUUAUCCCCCUGGCAUGGCUGAGGAUUUGGAUAAUGUUCAUUUGCCAUGUGGUUUGUCUGUUCACGAAUGGAACCUUUGAUUUACAGAAAUACUCGCCUGGUUCUGUUUCUUAAUUCUUGCACAAAAUGUUAGAAAGGCAAAAACAAAACAACAACAAAACUGUGAAAUGAAAAGGAUAAAAAAAAAUGCCUCUUUGCAUUACAUACCUCAUCUUCCAGAGAUUUACCAAACCGCUUCUUUCAAAUGCGAGCGCCUGAUUUUUUUUUUUCUGAAAUAAAGUUGAAGUCGACAAUACUUGCUAAGGCUGCAUUAUACACCAGCGUAGAGGUGUGUUGUUUCUUUGUUUAGUUUUCUUCUGGAUACUGUUUUAUAUAUAUCCAUAGCCAAGAAUAAGAGCUUUUUUUUAAGUUCAACUAAUUUCAUUUUUCAAGUUAUCCUUAGUCCUUGGCUAGCUCUUUGCGCUGUUGUAGGACUCUAGCUGCAAGCUUUCUGAAGCACCCUCCCUAACAGUGUUGCAUUUGUGUGUAAAACCAUUCUUUUGCAAAGUGUUAUGUAACUUUUUUUUUUUAAGCUUGGUUGAAUAUUUACAAGACUUCUUGCUGCUUUUUGACAAUCUUCUAUAUUUAUUUAGUAGAACAAAUUUCAAUAUAUUACUUGAAACUAUGAAAUAGAAUUGAGUUAGCAAUUGACUGGUCAUGUGAUGUGUAGAAGUACAAUAUGCUGUGGUUAAUUCUGCAGUAGGUUUGUUAAUUUUGUUUAUCUGCACUAAAGUACGAAGAUCUCCAUUCUGUUUAACCAUUCAAACUGAGGGAGUGAUCCAAGUCAGUAAUGUGUUUUUUUAAAAAGCUAAAUCCUGGAACUUGCUGUGGGAGUAGAAUAUACUGAAUCUUUUGCAUGAGGAGUUCGUUGAGACAGUAACGUAGCUGUGAGAUUUUGCCAAUUCUUAAAUGCUUCUACAUUUUGCUGAAAGUCAGAUUCCUGGUAAAGUUUUUGCUUUAGAGUCAAGCUUAAGUAAACUUGCACAGCACAGAAAAAAAAAAAUAAUUGCACCAAAGGUACUGAUAAUAUUUAAACAGUAACCUAUACGUUUUCCCCACUUAGUAUUUUUCUGCGUUCAUUUACUGCCCUUUUAUUAAAUUAAUUUCUAGCAUUGUAAGGAUUUAAAUAAGCGUGAAUCUCUUUCAGAAUUAUUAAUUACUUUAGAAGGACGCAUUUUGUAAUUUCCACUUGAUUCUAUCAGUAAAACUUAGGCUAACUAAAAGCAAUUUUGGUGCACCAAACAUGCAGUGUUUGUAUGUUCUACAAGAAACUGAAGAGCUCCCUGUUCGUAAGGCUGUUUAGAAAUGGCAUCCAACAUUCAGUGCUCAGGUAUGUUAGUAAGAAGUACUGUAGUCCUAUGAGGGCAAAUGUGUGGAUUUUUAAACAUUUUGCCAUAAUUGCACAAUUUUGCAUUUUUACUUAAUGUCAUGUUAUGUUUCUUAAAAUAAACCUAUU